CUAAUGGAGCUCAUGCCUCUCCCUCUCUACGUAAGCCUACGGGAACUCGGUAAAGGAGAAGUUUGGGAGAAAAACGUUGCCAUUCUACGUGUAUGGAUGGAUAUGGCCUCCAGUUGAAGAAGUACGAAAAAACUGGCGAAAUGCCGAGGAAUCCUGACAAAAAAGUAAAGUAAAAGUGGAGCAGGCAUCGAGUGUGAGAUUUUCUGUUUCGUUUUAAUGCGUAAAGUUUUAGUUGGAAGGACAGGAGCGAAGAAGAGAAGCGGAAUUUACCGGUGACAUUUUCUCUCUCCUUUUUCCCUAAAAGAAAAGGACGUAACACCGAAUGCACUGAUCUCAGGUUAAGUUGGUGUGUGUAGAGUGAGAAAAGAGAAGAACCGAAAAUAAAAGUGUUUUUUUUUUUUUUUUUUUUUUUUUAACUCCACAAAUAUUCUGGACAAAGAACUAUGGCAAAGAAAUACGACUUCCUCUUUAAAUUGCUGCUUAUUGGUGAUAGCGGGGUGGGAAAAACAUGUCUGAUCAUCCGUUUUGCAGAGGACAACUUUAAUUCAACAUACAUAUCAACUAUCGGUAUUGACUUUAAAGUGAAGACCAUUGAGGUCGAAGGGAAGAAAGUCAAGUUGCAAGUCUGGGACACAGCAGGGCAGGAGAGAUUUAAGACCAUCACUACAGCUUAUUACAGAGGAGCUAUGGGUAUCAUCCUUGUGUACGACAUCACUGAUGAGAAAUCCUUUGAGAACAUUCAAAACUGGAUGAAGAGUAUCAGAGAGAAUGCAUCGGCAGGAGUGAGUCGGAUGCUGCUGGGCAACAAGUGUGACAUCGAAGCCAAGAGAAAGGUGUCUAAGGAGAUGGGCGAGAAGCUCGCAAAGGACCAUGGGAUUCGGUUCUUUGAGACAAGUGCAAAGUCCAGCAUCAAUGUUGAGGAGUCCUUCAUUGCUCUGGCUCGAGAUAUCUUGAUGAAAUCUAGCAUGAAGCAGGGCGCAUCUGGCCGUGAAGUCAAACUCACCAGCACUACCCCAGAGAAAAAGCCAUCCAAGUGUCUUUUGUUGUAAUCGCAUCAGCAGCAGACACUCCAGACCCAGCACACUCCAACAAUGCAGCAGUAUUACACACAGAUGGAUUAUUAAGUCUAGAACAUUGUGGAAAUUUAGCAAAAUGUGUAAACUGACCUAAAUGAUAAAACCCUACAUAAAAGAUAUCUUUUUAGGAUUUUUGUGAAGGUUUACUGUAAACAGGUUUAUUUACCUUAUCACAACAGCUCUGUAGUCGGGUUUGAGUUAUUCUACAUUUGCACACUUUCAUAUUUCUGCUGGAGUUUAUUGCUUCUGUUUUGUAAACAGCUUCAUUUGCAAUUUUUUGGCGUGAAAAGGAAAUUGCGUCACAUCACUGCUAGCAGGAAUUAAGAGGAAACAUGAAGGGCAAAUUAUGGAGGGAACAUAGGAAAAUAAGUGUUGAGGUAAAUGGAAGGACAUAAUGAACUACAGAAAGGACAUAAUGAACUACAGAGUGUUAUAAGCAAGUGAGGUUGUAUUGUUGUAAAAGUGUUUGUGAGAGAAAGUGGUGUUUAGAAAACUGUUGCUUUUGUUUUUUUGCAUAUAAAAAAGCACAGCACUGUGUAGUCUCAUAGCAGUACCCCCCCCCACACACACACACAUUCAUUUCAGAGAACAUAUUUCUUUUUCUGGAUAGCUGCUUUUAAGCUGCUUUGAAUAAACUGUAAAAUAUGCAAAGUCUGCAACUCUGAGUCUGGAAAUCCUUCUACAUUCCCAAAGUGUCUGACUUUCAUAUGUGGCUCUCACCAAAUUGUUAUAUUACAAGUUAAACCGGUCUAUUUUGUAUUCUUUUUGACUGUAUGGAUCACUGCGUAUAAAAGCUGACAAUAAAGUUGCAUUUUUGCCUUCUA